UACACCCCAAUACACACCCAAUACACCUCAAUACACCCCCAAUACACCCCAAUACACACCCAAUACACCUCAAUACACCCCCAAUACACCCCAAUACACCUCAAUACAACCCUCUCCAUCCUUGUGUCCCCGUUUAGGCUUCGCCUUCCCGGACUGGGCGUACAAGGCGGAGUCGAGCCCCGGCUCCCGGCAGAUCCAGCUGUGGCACUUCAUCCUGGAGCUGCUCCGGCAGGAGCGGUACCGGGAGCUCAUCGCCUGGCAGGGGGACUGCGGCGAGUUCGUCAUCAAGGACCCCGAUGAGGUGGCCCGGCUCUGGGGGGUGCGCAAGUGCAAGCCCCACAUGAACUACGACAAGCUCAGCCGCGCGCUCAGGUACUACUACAACAAGCGCAUCCUACACAAGACCAAAGGCAAACGCUUCACCUACAAGUUCAACUUCAACAAGCUGGUGCUGGUCAAUUACCCCUUCAUCGACGUGGGGCUCGCAGGCCCGCCGCUGCCGCAGAGCGCCCCCCCGCUGCCCUCGCUCGGAGGGGGGGGGGGCGGCGGAGUGGGGGGGGGCACCCCCCAUUUCUGCUUCCCCCCCUCCCCCUUCCCUUGCCGGCCCCUCCCCCACCGCAUCUGAGGGGCUCUCCCCUCCCCUCCCCCCCCCACUGUGGAAGCCGCCCUCGCCCCCCCCCCUUCCUCUUCCUCUUCCUCUUCCUCCUCCUCCUCCUCCUCCUUCUCGCGCCGCCUCGGCUCCCUCAGCGACGGCUCCGAGCUCGAGGAAGGGGGGGGUGCCGGGGACCCCCUCCCCCCCUUACCCCCUCCCCCCCUCCCCCCUCUUUCGGGGGGGGGCGGGGGCAGCUUCCGACCCCUCCCCCCCCAUCCCCACCCCCCCCCGCGCUUGACCCCAGACGCCCUUUUCCGCCUUUACACCCCCCCCCCCCCCCC